AUGAUUCUCGUGGACAAAGCCUUUGUAGCGGCUGAGGAUAGCGAUGAAAAACUGCUGGAAUGGGUGACCGCAGAUGAACAACAUCAUGUUCUUCGAGAAUACGAUCAAUAUGGACGAGUUGUCAGGGAAAUGUGUGAUGGAAGCACUACCAAAUAUGUCUAUCAAGCUGAUCAUGCUGUCGCUGUCACGUCACCUGAGCAUAUAGUGAAUCUCACAUGGCAGGGACCACUUCUUGUAUCAUCCAGCGAGCGUAGAAUGUCGAAAAAGGGAUGGCGUGAUUCAUCGUUUGCCAUAGAACAUGACGAAUUGCUUAGACCGACGUCCAUUCAAGCUGUAAUAGCUGGUACAGCCGUGGAACCUAUACAGGUAAGUCGCUGGGAUCUGGAAUUUGCAGCGGCGCCUGUAGAUUACGGUAGAUUAACAGUAUGAUG